UUAGUGAGGAAAGGGAAAAUGGCGGACCUCGAAGACGUUACACUGGACGGGAGGCCGCUACAAUCUCUACGGGUGGCGGAUUUGAAAGCUGCUUUGGAGGAGCGGGGGCUUCCUAAAAGCGGACAGAAAAAUGCUCUCAUUAAGAGGCUCAAAGGGGCUCUCAUGCUGGAGAACCUCCAGAGAACCUCACACCAUCACAUAGGACUGCAGCCAAACUCCCAGAUUGGUGAAGAGAUGAGCCAGAAUAGCUUCAUUAAGCAGUAUCUGGCAAAACAGCAGGAGCUCUUGAGGCAGCGUCUUGAGAAAGAGGCCCGGGAAGCAGUCGAAGAUGAUGAUACAGACCAAGAGGACCACACACAGGGCAAUAACAGCUCUGCCUGUGCUGCCCCAGACCAGGAUGACUUACCCGUGUUGGUUGACCAGCACAAGCCACUUGGCCCCUCCGAGGGAGAGGGACUAGCAGGCCCCGCAGGCGAGGGAGAGGGACACAGGGCCAAAGACGGCCAUGUGUCUGGUCCACCUGCCUCUACCUCUCCUACCUCUGCCCCUGCUGCCGUUGCUUCUCUGUCUGUGUGUGUAGCUGAUGGUGAGCAGCGACCGGAGAGAGUCCCAACCUCUAGCCAAGUCCCAGCAGAUAGCGAUGAUGACAGCGACGGAGGUGACGAGGAUGGCGAGGAUGAGGACUGGGAUAGCGGUGCCAGGAGGAGGAAUCUAGGAGAGCCACCAAGAGGCCAGCUAGCAAGAGAGAGGUCUGAAGGAUCCCGACAACCCCCACAGCACAACCCCCCCCUGUUGUCUCCGCAGCUUCGACAGCCUACCCCUCCCCCAUCCCCUCCCCCAGAGUUAUCAUUCCCACUGCCUGAUACCCCUAAACAAAGCCCCCCUAGUCCAGGUGAGCUCCCGGCUAGGCAGCGUACUUCCAGUACCUCCAGCUCUGGCUCCUCUAGCAGUGGCAGUCGUAGUAGCAGUCCAGAACCACAAAGCAACGCAGAGCGCAAGCCUGGCCCACUGACCCUGCUGGCACGCAAGAUGGCAUCAGAAGGUGCCUUCUCUGGAGUUGGGUGGCAUGGACGUGGGGAGGCAGAAAGGCAGGACAACAAUGCUGCAACUGCAACAAUAUUUCCUGGUAGAGGUCCUCAAGAGGGCACAGUGUCUGCCAUCACCCACACAGCCAAUGCUGCAGCCAGUUUGCCCUUCCCCAGUCUGGUUCCAGUUACCAACCAGAGUGUCCUUGGAGGCCAUAUAUCCCACAGUCAAGUUCCUGUGAGUGUGCUUAGGCCCACUAUAAUGGAAGAGAGAGAUUCUGCAUGGCAACAAGAAAACAAGGAAAGGGAGCUGCAGGCAGAGAGCGAAAGAGAAAAGGCCCUUGAGCAAGAGAGACUUAGAGCCGUGGAGCUGGAAAGACAGAGAAUAUUUGAGCAACAGCGUGCCAUGGAGCAAGAGAGGGAAAGAGCUUUGGAGCGAGAGAGGGAGGAGAGGGAGAAAGCCUUGGACGCUGAAAGGAAGGAGAGGGAAAGAGCUUUAGAGCGAGAGAGGGCACAAGCUCUUGAACAAGAGCGGGAGGAAAGAGAGAAAGCUUUGGCAGAAGAGAGAGAGAAGUCUGAGGCAAGAGAGCGGGCCCUUGAGCUUGAGAAGGCUGUGGAGUUAGAAAGGCAGAGAGCCAUGGAACGAGAGCAAGCUUUGCAGCAAGAGAGAGAGGAGAGGGAAAGAGCUAAAGCUUUUGAGCGGGAGAAGAGGGAAAGGGCUCUUGAGCGGGAGCAAGUUCUUGAACAAGAAAGGGUGGAGACAGCGAGAGCGUUGGAGCAAGAAAGGGUGGAGAUGGAGAAAGCCUUGGAGCGAGAGAGACAGGAAAGAGAGAGAGCCUUGGAGCGAGAACAGUUGGAGAGGGAGAAAGCAUUGGAGAUGGAGCGUAUAGAGAGGGAAAAGGCUUUGGAGCAAGAGCGAGUUGAGAAGGAGAAAGCUUUGGAGCUAGUGAGGCAGAAAGCUUUGAAGCGGGAACAGGAGGAGAGGCAGAAAGUGCUGGAGCUAGAGAGGCAGGAAGCGCUGGAGCUAGAGAGGCAGAAAGCGCUGGAGCUAGAGAGGCAGAAAGCGCUGGAGCUAGAGAGGCAGGAAGCGCUGGAGCUAGAGAGGCAGAAAGCGCUGGAGCUAGAGAGGCAGAAAGCGCUGGAGCUAGAGAGGCAGAAAGCGCUGGAGCUAGAGAGGCAGAAAGCGCUGGAGCUAGAGAGGCAGAAAGCGCUGGAGCUAGAGAGGCAGGAAGCGCUGGAGCUAGAGAGGCAGGAAGCGCUGGAGCUAGAGAGGCAGAAAGCGCUGGAGCUAGAGAGGCAGAAAGCGCUGGAGCUAGAGAGGCAGAAAGCGCUGGAGCUAGAGAGGCAGAAAGCGCUGGAGCUAGAGAGGCAGAAAGCGCUGGAGCUAGAGAGGCAGAAAGCGCUGGAGCUAGAGAGGCAGACAGCGCUGGAGCUGGAGAGGCAGAAAGCGCUGGAGCUGGAGAGGCAGAAAGCGCUGGAGCUGGAGAGGCAGAAAGCGCUGGAGCUGGAGAGGCAGAAAGCGCUGGAGCUGGAGAGGCAGAAAGCGCUGGAGCUGGAGAGGCAGAAAGCGCUGGAGCUGGAGAGGCAGAAAGCGCUGGAGCUGGAGAGGCAGAAAGCGCUGGAGCUGGAGAGGCAGAAAGCGCUGGAGCUGGAGAGGCAGAAAGCGCUGGAGCUGGAGAGGCAGGAAGCGCUGGAGCUGGAGAGGCAGGAAGCGCUGGAGCUGGAGAGGCAGGAAGCGCUGGAGCUGGAGAGGCAGGAAGCGCUGGAGAGGCAGGAAGCGCUGGAGAGGCAGAAAGCGCUGGAGCUGGAGAGGCAGAAAGCGCUGGAGCUAGAGAGGCAGACAGCGCUGGAGCUAGAGAGGCAGACAGCGCUGGAGCUAGAGAGGCAGACAGCGCUGGAGCUAGAGAGGCAGACAGCGCUGGAGCUAGAGAGGCAGACAGCGCUGGAGCUAGAGAGGCAGACAGCGCUGGAGCUAGAGAGGCAGACAGCGCUGGUGCGAGAACAGGAGAGGGAGAAAGCGCUGGAGCGAGUUGAGAAGGAGAAAGCUUUGGAGCUAGAGAGGCAGAAAGCUUUAGAGCGGGAACUGGAGGAGAGGGAGAAAGAUAGGGAGGAGAAGGCAAGGGCUUUGCACCAAGAAAGAAUUGAAAGGGAGAAAGAAAGAGUGGAGAGGGGAAAAGCUUUGGAACGUGAGAGAGAGGAGAAGGAGAGUGCUUUAGAACAGAAGGCCCUGCAGAGAGAAAAAGAAGAGAGGGAGAGUGUUUUGGAACAAGAUAAGGAAAGGGCUAUGGUGGCUGAGAGGGAGAGUCAUCUUCCUCCAUGGAAACGUGGUCGUGAGAUUGGUCUUACCCCCCUGCCCACUCCUCCCCUCUCCACAGGAGCAGGUAGAAUGGUGGCAACAGAGGAGGGUGGGGAGCCCCACGUGCCAUCCCUACCCCAAACAGCAUCGAGAGACAACCAGCCAGUUGAAUCUGGUACGCCCCUGUCACCAACUAUAGCAACGCCUCUGUCACCCCAGUCCUCCUUCAAGAAGUUCCGUUUCUUGAGAGACCCCCCAGUUCUGUCCCCAUCUUGCUCUGCAUCCCUGGUCAUCAAGAGGCCCCGUACAUUCUCUGACAGCCCCCAUACUCAGGCCUCCGCUCUCCAGUCCCCAAGAAAACCUGGGGAACAAGAGCAGGAAAGUACUCUGCAGGGGUCCAAGCUUUCUUCUGGACAGGCAGCAUCACAGAUGCCUGCAAGACAGGGGUUCCUUGUUUCUGGACCAACUGCAGCAGACACGUCAGACACGACAGGGCCAGAGACCCCAGUGAUUGCCACACUAGGCAAGAGUCCUGAAGAAGAAAAGGCUAAUGAGCUUGUGUCAGAGGAGCGUGUCUUAGCAGAUAAGGAGACAAACAAACAGGAAGUGGGAGAGAUAGCCAGAGGUGCUAAACGGGUGGAUGCAGGAAACGUCCCCUCGGGUCCAGCAGAAUCUGUGGUACCUCCCUCACCCCCACCGGAAGAGGGCAAUGUAGACCGGGGAAGGGAGAGAAGUCAAAAGAAACAAGAGAAGCGGGGAAGACGAGCUUCCUCAUCUAGUGACUCCUCAGAUUCUGACUCUGGGUCAUCCUCCUCACGCUCGUCUGGUUCAUCUUCGUCCUCCCAGGGCAAAACUCGCACCACUCCCAGUGGUAGAAAGCCUGAGAAACCUCAGACAAAAACCAUAUCCCAGGAUAAGGAGACAGUUAGUCAACUUGAGGAGUCAAAGGAGUCCCCAAAAGCACCCCAGCGCAAAAAUCGAGUACCUGGGGAGAAGGACAUGACCAUCGAUGGAGCCAGACACGGCAAGAAAUUCUUUGUUGGAAUACCUGCUGGACAAGACAAUGAGCAGAAGGACAGCGAGGGAGAGGAGGAAAUGACAGACACUACAAGCGAGGUGAAGGAGGCUGCCAUGGCUGAGCCUGAGCGGGUUCCUGAGAGCAGUGAGGAGAGUCUGACGCCAAAGGCAUUCACAGCCCGUAGGAUCUCCCUGAGCAGCAGCAAGGCCUCUCCAGGUGUCGUCAGUGCAGAGGGCGAGGCAGAGUCUGGGGCCGGCCCCGGGAGGAAGAGGAGGUGGGGUUCCAGCACUGCGGUCACAGCCAAGAAACCAUCCAUCAGCAUCACCACAGACUCACUGAAGUCUCUGAUCCCAGACAUCAGGCUGAGUCCAGGACAGGAGGCGGUGGUGGAUCUGCACCCAGAGGAAGCUCACCUCUCUGGGGGAGAGGAGGACAGGGAGCAGGGCGAGCAAGACUUCAAGAUCAGACGCACGGUCACACAGGUGGUCCUGUCCGAGACCCAGGAGAAUGGACCGAAGGAGUCCAAGAGGAGUGAGAACAUGGAGGACAGAGAGGAUGGAGUGGAGGUUAAAAGCGACAGAGAGGAGAAGAUGGACGACUCAUUCCAGAGAGACUCCAUGGAGACACAAUCCCCCUCUCCCCCCAUCCAUGACAUGGAGAUGAACACAGUGACCCCAAGUGACACCCUGAUCCGUCGCUCCAUCAGCCAGCAGAAGUCUGGCGUGUCCAUCACCAUAGACGACCCUGUCCGCACGGCCAAGCAGCCCUCUCCUCCACGAGGCAAAGUGUCCAACAUCGUCCACCUGUCCAACCUGGUUCGGCCGUUCACCCUGGGUCAGCUGAAGGAGCUGCUCAGCAGGACUGGCACCGUGCUGGAGGACGGCUUCUGGAUCGACAAGAUCAAAUCUCACUGCUACGUCACCUACUCCAGUGCAGAGGAGGCAGUGGCCACUCGUGCAGCACUACAUGGGGUGAAAUGGCCUCAGAGCAACCCCAAGUUCCUCUGUGUGGACUUCAGUCAGCAAGAGGAGCUUGACUUCCACAGAGGCUUGCCACCCCCCGGGGGGGCUGGAGAGGAGGAGCGGGGGGCUUCAUCGGUGCCUGGCCGAGGUCGGGGGGCGGCCCUGCCCCCUCUCCUGCCCGAGCGUGACCAGUGGGCAGAGCGAGAGCGUGAGAUGGAGCGCAGGGAGAGGACCCGGGCGGAGAGGGAGUGGGACAGGGACAAGGUCCGGGACUUUGGUCCCGGAAAACCUGGAGAGGAUGCGGGCCCCAGACGAUCGCGCUCCAGAGAGAGGAAGCGCAAGGAGAGGAAGACGGACAAGAAAGAGAAAGCUGCAGAGGAAGCCCCUGCCAAACUGCUGGAUGACCUGUUCAAUAAAACCAAAGCAGCCCCUUGUAUAUACUGGCUCCCCCUCACAGAAGAGCAGUUUACACAGAGGGAAGUAGCUCGACAAGAGAGGAGGAAGGAGCGAGAGAAGAGGAGGAAGGAGCAGCAAGAGGAGGAGGAGAAGAAAAGGGAGGAAGAGCGCAAAGAAAGGAUAAAAGCAUCUGGUGAAAGAGGCGAGGGGGACAGGGACAGAGAGCGAGACAGGGAAAGGGGCAAAGACAGGGACCGAGACAGAGAGGGUGACAAACACAGAGAAAGCACCCACCGCAGACCAGGGGGCAACAGUGCAGGGGUGGGCAGACGCUCUCGCAGCCGCAGUGAUCCUCCACCUCGUGACAGACGACGCUAGAGGGAAUUGGUGUGGCUGAAACUGUCUUAAAAUAACCCCCCAUUCCCCAUCACUACAUGUACUUUGUUAGAACUAAGACCCUACAGAGGACCAACACACACACACUGACACAUAUAUAUAUAUAUACACACACACGCACACACACACACACUGGGACCAUGGUUUGAGCAGUGUUUCCCCCAGACUGCGGUCUGUCUUGCUUCAGUCUGAAAGUUUAGAUUUUAUAUGUGUUAAUUUUGCCUAAGUAUAUUCUUAUUAGUUUUUUAAAUAUUCUUGGCAGAUUGGCAACCAACUCUUUUCCCCCCCGCAUAUCUGAAGAUUAAGUGCUCUAUGUAGAGUUCUAUGCAUACACACACAGCGGUUUUUCUCCUUCCCCUGGGUUGUGUAUUCCACAACUGGUUUCUGUGGGGUGCUUUGUCAUGGCUGCGUGCUGUCCCAGUGAGUCUGCCGUCCUCCACCUUGAUUCCUGUGGAGGACUGACGGUGUUGCGCAAAGUUCUGUCUUUGUUUAGUUUGAAAGAUGAGAGACUAUAUUCUUGCAAGAGAUUAGAAUCUUCUAUACGCUUCUUUCUGUCCAUCCUUUGCCCCCCCCGGUCAACGCAGGCUGGAAAAGGGGUGCGUAUUAAUACACACAAGCGGAUUUAAUAUUGUUUUUAAUCAUUAUUAAAGAAUACUUUAUUGUUUUUUGGUUUACCCCUGUAAGUGGUGAAUGUACAAAUAAAUAAAAAAUAAGUUUGAAAAA